AAACACUGCAAAAAGGAGCAAUCAUGUUAAAUGUGAGCUGAAUUCAUCAUUUCCUGCAGAGAAGUCGACAAGACUCGUUGUGGUCCUGUGUGAAGAGGAACAAUGACGUGGACACUCAAUACACACUGAGCGAGCGGUGAGCUGAGAAUAAGGAAGUGUACUGUGCCGCUGACCUUUGUGUUGUCACAAACACACACACCUGCAACAGAGAAGAGUAGCAGCAGACAGUAACAAUAGACUGUUGACAGAAAACAACUCGGUGGAGACUCACUGAAGAACCAAAAUGUAUUUCCAGUAUGUAUUUCAUGUGACUCAUUCGGAAUAACAAAAAUAAGGAGGAAUUCCGGCUUUGUCAGCUCUUCUGGUUCCCGUUGGGGCUUUCACUAUUUUGUGAAAGGAACGACAAAAAGGAAGGAAGGGUAAGAGACGACGUAGACAGACGCACGCUCAGAGCAACAGAGAGGAGGGGAGUGCGAGACUCAAGCCGGGCUCACUUGCCUUCAGGGACAGCGGACAAGAGGACAGACGGUUUUACUUUUUUUUUUUUUUUCUAUGUUCAUUCCCGCCCGAUCACACACAAGUUGAGCCAGAAGGGGAAAAAUAAGAUCAGGUGCCAGGGCCCUCUCCGGCGGCCUUCACUGGAGUUGUCUUCUAAUCGAGACGCUGCGAGGGCGACGACAUGGUUCGGUGGUUCCACCGAGACAUCACAGGCCUGCAGGCCGAAGACCUGCUGAAGACUCAGGGUAUCUCUGGCAGCUUUCUGGCCCGACCCAGCAAGAAUGUGGGCGACUUCUCUCUGUCUGUCCGGGUGGGCGAGCGAGUGACUCACAUCCGCAUCCAGAACACGGGCGACUACUACGACCUCUACGGCGGGGAGAAGUUUGCCACGCUGUCCGAGCUGGUGGAAUACUACACGGCCGACAACGGCAUUCUGCAGGACAAGGACGGCACCAUCAUCGAGCUCAAAUACCCGCUCAACUGCUCCGACCCCACCACCGAAAGGUGGUAUCACGGCCACCUUUCGGGUCCAAGCGCAGAGAAGAUGCUGAUCGCUCGCAACGAGUCGGGGACCUUCCUGGUCAGAGAGUCGCUUUCCAAGCCGGGAGAUUUUGUGCUGUCUGCCUUGACAGACGAGCGCAGCAAAACGGGAGCGAGGAGAGUUUCUCACAUCAAGAUCAUGUUUCAGAAUGAGCGGUACACAGUGGGAGGCUCGGACAUAUUCGACACACUCAGUGACUUGGUGGACUUCUACAAACGAAAAGGCAUCGAGGAGAUUUCAGGGAACUGGGUGCACCUCAAACAGCCGUAUUACUCCACCAGAGUGAACGCGGCCGACAUCGACAGUCGAGUGAAAGAAUUGGACCAGACGACUCUCAUGCAGCAGGAGGCCGAGGGUGGGAAAAGCAAGGCGGGCUUCUGGGAGGAGUUUGAUGUUCUUCAAAAGUUGGAGGCUAAGGUGAAAAAGAGUCGAGAGGAAGGCCAGAGACCAGAGAACAAGUCCAAAAACAGAUACAAGAAUAUUCUUCCUUUCAAUGACACCAGAGUCAUCCUGCAGGACGUUGACCCCAACGUGGUCGGUUCAGACUACAUCAACGCCAACUACAUGCGAAACACCUUGUGGGAGUCGGAGACUCCGAAAGUUUACAUCGCCACUCAGGGUUGCCUGGCAACAACUGUCAAUGACUUCUGGCAGAUGGUGUGGCAAGAGAAGACCGCUGUCAUCGUCAUGACGACCAGGGAGGUGGAGAAAGGGCGGAAUAAAUGUGUGCCAUACUGGCCUGAGAGAGACAGCGCCAAGGAGGUGGGCCGCUACGUUGUGACCUCUAAGUCGGAAAGGGAAGCCACCGAUUACAAAGUCCGAGUCUUGGAGCUGGCGCCAAUGAACAAGCAGCCCAAGCACACCCGCACCAUUUGGCAUUACCAGUACAUGAGCUGGCCCGAUCACGGCGUCCCUCAGGAGCCCGGUGCCGUCCUCAGCUUCCUCACACAAGUCAACGACAAACAGGCUGAAUAUCCUGAUGCUGGCCCCAUGAUCAUCCACUGCAGCGCUGGGAUUGGUCGGACGGGCACCAUUGUGGUGAUUGACAUGAUCAUCGAGACAAUUGACACAAUAGGUAUCAACUGUGACAUCGACAUCUCCAAGUACAUCCAGAUGGUGCGCGAGCAGCGCUCCGGCAUGGUCCAGACCGAGGCCCAGUAUAAGUUCAUCUACCUGGCCGUCUCUGAGUACAUCCAGACCACCAAGGCUAAAGAUGGGGCCUCCUUGGAGGCUGAGACGGAGUAUGGAAAUCUGCAGCUCAAACACCCGCCGGGGACCAGGAACAUCUCAAAAAGCAAAGACUCGGACGUGUACGAGAACGUGAGCAAAGCCAAGAAAGACAAGAAGAAGCCAAAGUCAGAGAAAAGUGGCUCGUUAAAGAAAAAAUAAGAUUUCUUAAGUGCAUUUUGAAGUCAUCUUGUGUUAUUUAUGUGACCCUACUUUCACAGCACAAACUUUAAACAUAAUUUCAAUACGUGUCUACAUGAUUUCAAUGUAUACUUUAUGAUAUGUGAUCUUUUGUUUUCAACUUUAGCCUGCUCCUCAAAUCUUCACCUGUACAAUAAAAAUUAACAUUUUAAGUCGUAAGGAA